AAAAUUAGUUUUUGCCUUUUGUAACCGUCCACCGUAGGACCGUACACCGUAGCACCGUUGUGUUCGUUUUGACUUGAGUCUGUUCUGUGAUUCUGUUUUGAUUUUAUAAAUAAUAAUAAAUACAGUAUAAAAUUUCUUAACAAGAUGAAUUCUUUCAACGAAGAAAAAAGAGAACUCAUACAUAAAUGGAGAGAAGAGCGGAAAAGAAAACUGAUGGCCAGAUUGUAUAGGAACAACCCUCUAGGACCUACCACGUCGUCCCCCAUUUCAUCAGCGAUACUAGGAAUAAAGCCUUCUGGAAACGCAUGUGCCAACGCAAGUGAACUAAAAUCAUACCAUCAAUCAGCAAAGAUUGACAAUGCGAGAAAGUCGUUUGCUCCGCUUGCCCUGUUGAAAGACAGAAAGGGCGGACGCGUAGAGAAGAGGCACACGUUGAAUCCUGGUACGUUGAACACCCACAUCAAUACCCAGGCGCUGCAUAAAAUAGGAAAGUCUGUGCAGAAACAGAAUAAUUGCCCCCAAAAGAACAAAGAGAAAACAACGGCCAAAGAUAGCAGAUUGUUUAUAAUGAAGAAAUACGAUGAGGAUCGUAAGAAAACUAUGAGAAAUACACUGGCCGCUAUCGAAAACACCAAAUUCACUCUUCAGUGUGAAAAAGACAAAGCUGAUGGACGAAAUACCAAAGACGACAUCAAAAGUGAACAGAUUGUUGACAAGUUGCAAGUUGUGAAAGACUAUUGCAAAGAUGAAUUGACUGCAGCUGGUCAGGUUGCUCAGAUUAAUCAAGUCACUGAAGAAGAUCUCAAUACCACAUUCACGCUUCCAGAUGGUGAAUCACUGUCACCAAUCGAAGGCAGCAAUCACGAUUCUGCUAUGACAGGUGGAAAAAGGCGCUUAUCUUCUACACCUUUGAGAUCUUCAACGCCCGAACGAAAAUAUAUGAGUGAAAAACUUUCAUCAUGGCUGAAAACCAAAGGAAAGCCCAUGGAAAGUUUCCAUCACCUAAAGUGCUUCUUGCCCCAUAAGGAGGGAAGCAGGCUUCCAAUCAGACAACCUUUCAAGGAGCCAAACACAAACAGCAACAGUGCUCCAUUGAAAACCUCAGCACCAAAAUCAAGGCCUACCAAUUUGCCGGCUAUUGUGAUUGAGACUAUCCCAGAAGAGAAGGAAAAUAGUAAGGGUGAUCUUACAAUCAACCUUGAAAGUACGGAGCCACCUUGCUCACUAACCAGAGAGCAGGAGGACCUUGCUUCUUGUGGCGAUUGUAAGCCACUUGAUGAGACUACCAUUGUAUUGGACUCGGAAAAUUUGAAGGAAACCACUGUAAAAGCGCUUCAUGAGCUACUCACGUUGAUUCAUACUGGUUAUCCUUGGGAGUCAUGCAAAGAAUGGCUAACAGCACUUGGCAGCCGCAACCCAGAUGCAGAGAGCCUGCCUGACUACUGGGAAUGUUUGGCCGCUCUCGAAGAGAAGCAGGGAGAUAUGCAGAUGGCUGUCGACUCCUACCAGAGGGCCUUGAUGCGUGGUGCUCAGGUUUCUCACAUAGACGUGUGCCUCGAUAGUCUUUUUGAGAAAAUGAAUGCCCUGAACCUGGAGUGCCAACCUUACACGCCAAGGCAAACCGAUGGCAAGAUGAAGAAUGGAGUGGAUGCUAAAAAUAUCUUCAAGUCUACAGUUAUCCAGUUCGCUCUAAUGCAGCAAAAAGUAAAAACGUGAGUAGAAAAAUUUGUA